CUGGGUGCGCUGUAUCGCCUGGGUGGACAGUAUAGUUACUUCAACAUUAAAUGGAAUAAAAUGCCGCGGAUUCAUGUAAAUAGAGACGUCGCUUCAGCGUAAUUAAUUAAGGUUUCUUAAUUAACACAUUACGACUUCUGGCGCGCGUGACGACAGGCCUAUUUUCGGCUUUUUAUCAGCAAUAUUUCAAGGACAAGAGCGACGUCCUCCUCACCUCAGCAGCUGCAGGGAAGUUUGUCACGCUUUGCUCCUCGUUGAACAAACACUGAACUGAAGUCCUCAUCCCCUCAUCUCCCACUCUUCCGUCUCGCCGCCCGUCAAAAGGAGUCGACAGCGUUGCCGGACCACACCUGGGCAGAGAAAUGUGUGUGUGCGUGUAUCUUCGGAUGCAUGACUGUGUCUGAGAGUGUUUGGGGCUGAAGUAAGAGGUUGUAGGCUGCACUUCCUCUCUCACCAUCUGAGAGGCGCUUCUCCACUUAAGUGACUACGUUUGUCUCCACAACUGCAAAGCAUUAUGGGUAGGAAAAAGAUUCAGAUCCAACGGAUCACCGAUGAAAGGAACAAGCAGGUGACAUUCACAAAGCGAAAGUUUGGCUUGAUGAAGAAAGCCUACGAGCUGAGUGUACUGUGUGACUGCGAGAUUGCUCUGAUCAUCUUCAACCAUGCAAACAAGCUGUUCCAGUACGCCAGUACUGACAUGGACAAGGUCUUGCUCAAAUACACCGAGUACAAUGAGCCGCAUGAGAGCCGGACCAAUGCAGAUAUUAUUGAGACUUUGAGAAAGAAAGGCUUCAACGGUUGUGAUAGUCCAGAGCCGGACGGUGAAGACUCCAUUGACCAAAGUCCCCUAAAUGAUGACAAGUACCGUAAGACCACAGAGGAUCUGGAUGUUCUCUUCAAACGCUACGGGCAGUCGACCGCUCCGGCCCAGACGUUCUCCAUGCCGGUCACAGUCCAGGCGUCUAAUCAAAGCACAUUGCAGUUCAGUAACCCUGGCAACGCACUGGUAACUACCUCCUAUGUAACAUCAUCAUCGCUCACGGAUACCCACCUCCUGUCGCCACAGCAACCGGCUCUUCAGAGAAAUACGGUGUCUCCUGGGUUGCCACAACGACCAGCCAGUGCAGGAGCUCUUCUUGGAGGAGAGCUGAAUAAUUCAAAUGGAGGAUGCCCAAGUCCAGUUCCUAAUGGAUACACUAGUGCCAGAGCCUCCCCAGGCCUCCUCACCGUUUCCAACGGCAACAGUCUGGGGAAAGUAGUUCCGGCCAAGUCUCCACCCCCACCUCCCAGCCCCCAGAUGGUCAACAGCCGCAAGCCAGACCUCAGAGUCAUCACCUCGCAGGGCGGAAAAAGCCUCAUGCAGAUGAACGCCCAGCGGCUGGCAGCAGGAGCCCAGGUGGCACAGAGCCUCACCACGCCGGUGGUCUCUGUGGCCACACCGAGCCUCCUGGCACAAGGGCUGCCCUUCUCCGCCAUGACCACAGCGUACAACACAGAGUACCAGCUAACCAGUGCCGACAUCACUGCUUUACACGCUCUGGCGUCACCUGGUGGCUUGUUGCCAACCAGUGUGUCCACAUGGCAACAGCAGGCUGUUUCCCAGCAACAACAACAGCAACAGCAGCAACAACAACAGCAGCAGCAGCAACAACAACAGCAGCAGCAGCAGCAGCAGCAACAGCAGCAACUGAAUCUUGCAUCACUCAGCAACUUGAUCAUGUGGGGCGUGGACAAGCAGAGCAGCGAGCUGUCUAGCCAGGUGUCCGGUCUGGCUGCCAACCUGAGUGUUGGCUCUCCGUCCAACCUGCUCUUGGGUAGAGAUGAGUGGUUGGGCCGGCCUGUGACCCAUAUACCUCAAGGCGCCAUGCUGACCGUCAACACAAACUCCAGUGUAAGCAUCAAGUCGGAGCCCAUCUCGCCCGGCAGAGAUCGCAGCACCCCGUGCCCUCCACCAUCUUCUACCACGCCGUCCUCGACCUCAGGGGGAGCCAUCCUGACUGCACCGCCACAGUACCCGGGCUCCCUGCUGUGCCUGGAGCCCCCGACUGGCCGCUCGCCUGCAGACAGCGUCAGCAGCAAUGCCAGCUCUUUUGAAGGCAGUGAUCGUGAUGACACUGGUACAGCUGGUGGCGGAGGUGGGGGCGGCGGUGGAGGUGGCAGCACGGCUGGUGCUGCAGGAAGCGUCGGUCCCGGCAGCCGUCCUGACUUCAGCCCCUCGGCCGAGCUCAUUAGGGCGUCGAACGAACCGGAGCAGGAGGGAGGAAACAUCAAGCGCAUGAGAUUGGAUACCUGGGUCACAUAGAGUUGCCUGCCACACCUCUUUGCACCCACAGGGAAGUUUUGGUGACACUUAAACACCCGCAACACACACACUCAUUCUUAAACCCCCACUGCACCCGACCCCACUGCCAUGUGACACUAUCAUCACACAUCUGCCUCUGUCACAAAUUAUAAAACUCAGCUGCGUCACCCAGACUUAUGAGGCUUUGCCAAAUAAACAUAAAAAUUAAAAAAAUACAUUAAAAUCCUUUGGGGAUCACGCUCUGAGUGAGGAGAGGAUGACUUGGUGCUCAGCUCGAUAUGUUGUCCCUUGUAAAUCCUUGAAUAGAGGAACAGUAGAUUUUUAAAGCCUUCUUGCUUGAACUCACGUAAAGUAAUUUCUUUUGGUAGAAAAUUAGGUGUUGAACCUUUUUUCCAAUCUGACAAAACCAUUGAAAACAUGUAUCGCAUGGUUUCAUCUUCAUGUAUUUACAUCGAGCUCUGCUGCAUCGUUCACAAUGUGAUUAGUGGCAUGUCCACAUCAUGGGACUUAUGUGACUCACCACUUUCUGCUCUUUGAAAUGUAACAUAGUGUGGAUUAUGGGCUCCCCAUUCUUCCAUAAGUCACUUCCAAACUGCACUUUUGGAUAGAACUUAAUCUGGACCAGUUUGAGGACUGAGCAUCUAUCUGGCACUGAGCAAACCGACUCAAACGGGGUCUUCUAGGGUUAAGAUACUUCACCAUCAAGGGUUCUUUCCGCUGCCACAUUUCCCAACCUCGUACACCCAGGCAGGCCUGAGCCCUCAGGUGGAGCCGAGCACCCUGCUAGAGUGCCAAUAUCAACCUGUACUACAACAAAUAAAAUGCCAAAUGUCUCUCGCACACAGUGCGAGGACAAUGACGAAUUAUCACCUGCACUGUCACGGAAACGAGAGCUCCACACUGUUGAUGCUUUUCAAGCUUUGAAUCGAGCUUUGAAUUCGCCGCCAUGCUCCUCAGACUCCUCCCGUCCUCUCACCUCUGGAACUUGGAUGGAAAUUGUUGCACCAGUAAUCCAGCCAGCCACUCGGCUUCCUACCAAGAUGCCAUCCAGUUAAAUGCAUAGUAUCAGUGUUUUGAGCCUCUCUGGUGGCUUUUCUUUGGGGUAGGGAACGUAUUUGGUUCUUUCAGUCCAAUUGUUCUUUAUCUGUUGGUAUUUUAAGAAAAUAUUUAAAAAAUCAGUUUUGAAGGUCCGUUGGUUGUCCAAAAGUAGGAAUUCUGACUUUGUAUGAAAAUCCCUCGUAUACAAAAGCUUUGAUGUCCUCUUAAGCUCUCCUUAGCUCGUUGCCGUGUUUCAAAAAGUAAAGGAAAAAGACAUUUUCUAUAUUUCUACCGCUUCAGUUGGCGACAAAGUAAACUAGCUUUUCAGCUUCAACGACGUGUAUGUACAUAUGACUAUAUUUGCAUAGACUUUGCUAGGUAUCCCUAAAAAACAAGCAAUGUGUUGAUUCUCAGUGGAUCUGUUUGCAUAUAUGAGUGUGAAUUUGAUAUGUUUCGAGCUACGGUCCAGGGGUUUUGCCACACUAGGUCGUGCUGGUGGGUCGGACGUGUUUCAGUAAACCUAUUUUAUGCUAGUGUUGAUGGUGUGUGCACUUUUUGUCUCACUCAGAGGCCUGCUUGGUUGUGGUGUCAUCAUAUUCUCCUACCACACUUUCUUUUUUUUUAAAACUCAAAUCAAACCCACAAUACAAUUUUCCAUUAACACCUAAUUAUGAAACGAUGAGGACACUGCCAUUCACUUCGUGUUUUAAAAAAAAAAUCCAAUGCACUUCUUUGACGCGUAUUUUGAUUGACAGAAUCUUUUCCACAUUAAGCUUACACAGAUUAUGCCUUUUUUCUCACUUAUAAAACGAGUGCUGUGUUUGUCGUUUUAAUUGUAUGUUUUCUAGUACGAAUUUGUUUAGCCUGAACCAUUUCAAGUGUGUGUAUAAGUGUACAAAGGCUGUUUAUAGCCUAAAAAUAGAACGAUUCUCCUGAUUGCAGACCGGCAUGUCAGCUGUUUGUUGACUGUUUAUCUAAAACAUUUUCAUGUCAGCUUAGGGGAAGUGGACACAGCGUCUUUUUAUGAAUUGAUGCAGUUUGGUGUGAUUGGUAGACGAGUGUGACACUAGUGUUUGACACUGUCUUUGUGGGAGGUGUCCGGACAAAACAUCACCCUGCUGUGUUGUUUUCUAUGAUCAGGUAAUUUUCCAUCCCUCAUUUGACAGUGUGUUGGGUAGCUCUUUACUUUCUUUAUCAAUUCAACAUCCAACACUUUCAAUAAACUCAUGUUGCUUCGUAAAUCAUUAAAGGAGUAUUUCUACAUGUUG